GUAUGUUUUUGCAUGUUGGAUUUUAUAAUCUUUAUCAAGCUGUGCCCCUUAGCAUUUUCAUCUGGAGCUGGGGUUGCGUGGACUCCUCAUUGUCCGCGCACUAGCCUCUCACCUUCAUUCAACGGUGCCCUUGGGCAUGCGCAGUAACGCACGCGGGCGUCUCUCCUGCCCACUCGCUAAAAGGCGCGCGCGCGCACACUCUCUCUCUCUCUCUCUCUCUCUCGAUGUCACUUUGCUGCUGCUGCUGCGCUGUUUGCUGCUCGCGACUGCCGAGGAUCGCUUUGUCUCCCGCACACUGUCACUCCUUACUCCUGCGGUGCUCUCCCUUUCUCGAGCCGUGGCGCAGGUGCUCCUCCCGCGCGCUCCUCUUGGCUCAAUCCACGCCCCGCGACGUGGGUGCAGCCGCCUCUCCUCGGAGGAGCGCACCUCGGGACUAAGAUGGGCUGGAAGGACGGCGCAGCGGACGAACGUUAGCAUUAACCUCAUGGAUGCCUUAUUUGAUAAUGAGCUUGGAAUGCUGACCACAGAUGGACUGGAUGUGGAUGGGUGCAGGGUCGGCUGGACAAGCUCUGAGCUUCCAGAUGAUAUGUACUCUGCAUCUCACUUUGCUCUUAUAACUGCAUAUCAUGACAUUAAGAAUAGACUAUCUGGGCUGGAGCAUGAAAACUGCAGCCUCAAAAGGAAACUCAAGCUCUAUGAGCUCAAGUUCCCAAUGAUCAAUGACUUUAGUCAAGACCGAAAUUCUAUCUUUGAAGCUAAAGAAACCUCACUACUGAAAUCUGAAAAUAGCAACCUACAGCAACAGAUCAAUGAACUCAAGCAUGAGUUGCAAAAAAGCAAAGAACGUGAGGAGCAGCUGGAAGAUGUGAUCCAGGCCUAUGAGAAAAUUCAUAUGGAAAAGAGUAACCUCCAAAGAGAUCUGGACAAAAUGACUACACUGGCUGAGAAACAUGUGGAGCGAAUUCGGAGUCUGGAGCAGAUGGUAAGACAAAGAGACAGCACUCUGCAGGGACUCAAUGCAAAGCUGCGCAGUAAAGAAGUUCAGUACCUUCAGUUACAUGCCAGCCCUGAUAUUUCACAAUUGCUGGAUUGUCCAGCUUUAACACUACAGAGUUCACGCAGCCUGGACACACUUACUGACCUCAAACUGCAACGCUUAGAAGCAGAGCUUGAGGGAGCACGUUGUGAAGUUCAGGGAGCAUGCCAACGUGAAGAAGAGCUGAAAGGAGAAUGUAAUAGACUUCGGGAAGAGCUGCGACUCCUCCAAGAAGAGCAAAGACAGCAGAAGCUGGCAGUGCCCUGUGAUCGGUGUGAUGUGGAGUGGAUUAAAAAAGUUGGAGAUGAACAAGUGAAUCUGGCUUUGGCAUAUACAGAGCUGACUGAGGAACUGUGCCGACUUCAGAGUCUGAGUUCAAAGCAAACAGAGAUUCUAAGACAACUUUCUCAGGAGCAAAGCAAUUCGGUUCAACGCCAUUCUCCUGUCCCUCAGCGUCAUUCUCCAGUCCCUCAUCGCCAUUCUCCUGUCCCCCAGAGAAGAUCUCCAGUGCCACAACGGCUUUCCCCAGACAUCCAUCAGAGAUCUCUGGUACCAGAUUCCAGUGAUGGUCCUGCUUCAUAUGCUGCCCGACCAUCAAGUCAGCAUCUCAGAGCCACUUUUCAGGGUCGGAGAAGCUAUUCUGAGGUUAGUGACCCUGCAACAUACCAACGACCUUCAAGGCUAUCCAUUGACCCAGUCUCUACUCUGCCGAAACCACGACAAUAUGGAGACAGCUAUGUCAAGAAGCAACAACAGAAUGGCAGCAGCAGUGUGACCAGCAGCCCACGUCACCUCAGAGAUCCUUUUCCCCUUGAGCUGCCUCAUUUGUGUUUUGAGAAGCCAACUCCACCACCUCCACCGGCGCAGUCAUCAGAAGAUGAGGAAGACUGGGAUGCUCCCUCUAGUGCCACACCACAUCCUCUGGGUACUACUGGUCUCAGAGUACCAUCGCCAUGCACAGUCUUUCCCAUUCCCAGCCCUCCUGCUACCCUGAGCUGUCAUCCUUCAGGAUAUUUGCUGACAGAUCACGCUCAGUCCUGGCCUUCCAUUAAUCUGUGGAUGGAGACUGAAGACUCUGGCAUUAGGAGCUGCCCGCUUUGUCAGCUGACCUUCCCAGUCACCUACCCUGAUGAUGCUCUUAUUAAACACAUUGAUACUCACCUGGAGAACAGCAAGAUUUGAUUGCUUCUGCAUCUCUUGCAGGAGGUGCCAUUUCAAAAUUCAACUAUGUCUGCUUUUUUUUUUUCCUUGUGUCAUGUACACUUAUGAAGAGUAAGAUCACAGAGGGGAUUUUGUUUUUGUCCUCCUUAGAAUCUUGAGCAAUGAGCUAACAAAAACUGCAUGUUCCUGCAGUUGUGUUUUAAGAUUAAGGCACCUUUAUAUAUGUUUUUAUGAUGCUGCAUAUGUUGAUACUGCUUUUCAGUAGGGGAAAAAAUAAUAAAACUAGGUUUGUUGAAAUCACCAAAACAAGAAAAUAUCUUAAAGCAAUUUAGGUUAAAUGUCUAAUAAAGAUAACCUUAUCAUCUAAUUUCUAUUAAAACAGGGCUGACAUCUGUAAAAUGAGAAUAUGAAAAAAAACUGAUGAAAAUGCUUUCAUCUUGAGAAACACAUAGCUUUCUUUGGCUUUUUUCAGCCAGAAUAUUUGCAUUAUACAAUAAAAUUUACCAAAAUGAAGCCUUAAAUGAUAGGUAGCAAUCUCAUCGAUGUGUACAUGUAAAUGAAACGUGGAUGUGACUGAAUUACUUUAAUCCAAGGUUUAAAGGUUUACACACAUAAAAAAACAAGAUGACAAUACUGCAUUCAGCUGCUUUUCUUAAUACAUCCCAUCACCCAGUUCUUCACCAGCAACAAUUCAGGGGUGUCAGCCUUGGUUCCUGGUGGGCCUCACUGGGUACAGGUUUUCACCCCAAAUAAUUUCUUAAUCAGAAGCCAGUUCUUCUGUCAAUGUAAUCCUGUCAUUCAGCAACAGCAGACAUUUCUGAAGUUAUUAAUAUUCCUUUUCUCAGUAGCUCACCCACACCUUUUGUGGACUGGAGCAGAUCGGCGUUUUUCUAGCGCUUAACUCAGAGUAUCUCUCGCCAGAUGACUGCUGCACAGGUAACUGUUUGGCUGAUAGUCCUUGUUAUUUGUGUCUCAAUAUUUAACAGCUGGUUAAUAGGGUGAGCAAUUAAAGGCUCAGAAUGCAGCUGUUUAGUUGGAAAUCAGUCAGUUACUGGUUAGAAAUCUCAGCAAGGCACAGAAUCAAAAGUAAGCAGCACUAGUUUGAUUUCAUUUAAGCACUUCACUGGAACAAGCACCUGCAGCCACUGUGGCCCUACAAGAGUUCAGUUUGAUACCUCUGGCAUUAUUGAUUGCAGCCCAGUAGACAGCUUGGUCUACUUUAAAGUUAAUUAAUUAGAAGGCUGUUUUAUGGUGAGGACUACAUAAAAUGUCAGCCGAUUGGUUUUCAGAAAAUAACUGCCUUCUCUCAACAAUUUUCAAGCAGUCAUUUCAAUAAUUUUAUCCUUUUUUAAUGAAACACAAGAUUAAUGGUAGAGGUAAAUAUUCCUUUUUGACAGUGGAUUGAUUUUUUAAAUAAUUAGUUUAAAAAGUAGAUUUUAUAUUGUGUCUAAGUAGUACUUACUGAUUUAAUGGACUGCAUUUUCUAAGUAUAUGGACACGCAAUUCCUGUGUUCACAAUGCUUUACGAGGAAAAUGGGGUCACGGAUCAGCAGCAUCUGGUGCAUCAUCCUUGUCAUAAUCACAGAACAUGUUAAAGGGAAAAGUCACCAUUUUUUACAUAUGGGUUCAUCAUAAAACUUACUAGGGCUUGUGUUGACACAUAAACUGAGAUUAUGUUUGUUACUUGGAUUUUUAAUCAUCUAUAAUUUUUCCGCUAGAAUAUUUUUUUUGAAACCUGGAGACAUGGUAGUGCAGUGAUUAGUGUGGCUAUUUCAUGGAUCAGAGAUUCUAGGCUUAAAUCCCAUGCCCAGUCACAUCAUUGUCCUCCUGUAGUAUACACAGUCUCUGUGUGUUUAUCUCUUUCCUCGCACAUAUCAGUAUGUGGUUGUACAAAGCACAAUCUUUUACACACUGUUGGACCAGAUUUCCUCAGGUUUCUAUUAUUUCUGGAACAUCUUUGAAGAUGUCAUUCCAGGGUAGUCAUUUACCUUCAGCCAACCAUCUUUAAAGGUAGCUUCUUACAUCACAAUGCGGGGACCGUUCAAAGACUCAUGCAAAAUCUCCCCUGACAGGAAGAAGAGGGAGGGGGAAAAACUCAUUCCAUCAUCCUACAAGAUUGGAAGAAAAAAAUCUAAUUUAAAUUAAGGUACAGCUUUUAGAUAUUUCUGAAAAAAUAUGAAAUGGUGUGCCUUAGCAUUUAGCAUACUGUUUGUGCUUUAAGAUGUCAGAGGCUAACUUUAAAGCUGAUUGAUUCAACAUAAAUGACUAUCCCGAAAUGACUUUAUGUAGCUGCAAGAGCAAGAGAAGCCCAAAGAAAUCAGAAAUGCCCAUUCCACACUGAUAAGAAGCAGAUUUGUCACUUCUAGAUAUCAACAUUACAAACCACAUUGCUAUAUCAUUACUUCUUUAUUUCAAAAUGGAAAAUUUAAAUUACUGAAGUACACAAAUAAUUCAUAAGAUGAAAAAGGUAGGGUUAUUAUAAGGUAUUUAAGAUUACUUUAAAUGGGUUUCUGAAGGGAGGGCAGCUUAAUUUUAGUGAAGGGUAUGAACAGAAUGCAACAGAUAGAAGUUUUGAUUUGUCAGACUCUGUGGUGAACCCAUAUACCAAAAGAUGUGAGGCUUUCUCUUAUCUUUUCUGCAGCUUCUGCACUUGAAGUUUGUGUAGUAAAGCUAUACUACAGCAUGUUUAGCUGGAGGCUUAGCUGCAUUUAAGGAAGACAUCUCCAUGUUCAGAAUAUUUAGUGCAUUUCUGCACAGUAAAAUUAUCCAUGUUCAAUUAACACUUUAAGUGUUUAUUUAAGACUGUUCUUUCCAGAGUGGACCCCUAUAAAUACUUAAAGUUUAACACGGAUGAUUUUACUGUGUAGGAUGCUGAAACCAGCACACUAGCUGCAACGAAUCUAGUACCCAUUCAAUUUCCUAACUUUCAAUUAAUUUGAACUCUUCGCCUUUGUAAAUAUGACACUUUUUCUUUUAAGGAAAAUAGAUCUUAAUAGUUGGCCCAAGUAGGAUUGUUUAUGUAGCAAAGCCUGCACAGGAGGCAGGCAGUUCUGUCUUUUUUAUAUUUAUAGUCUGAAAACUGAACACUGACCUGUAUGGAAUUUUUAUAUUAAAUAGCUGGGCAGAGUAUGCGUGUGGGCAAGGUCUGAAGUAAAAAGGUUAGGUGCUUACAUCAGUCUAAGGACACCUAUUCAUGUCAUUGAAGUCUGUCAGACAAAUAACCAGUAUGUGAUAAAGUACCCUUCUGCAGCCCACACUAUCCCAUGGCACUUUAUAAGGAUAGAUACCUAUUUUUUUUAUAAAACUGUAAUAUAUAUAUGUAUAAUUUUUUUUGCUUAAUGACUGGAGCACACAGAUAUCGAGUGACCUGUUAGAAGCCACACAAUGGGUUAGAGCUGAUAAUUAAACCAGCAGCCUUGUGGUUCUGUUUCUUUAGCCACAGCACCACAUUGCUUGCCUAAGAGAUUUUGGAACUUUGUUCCCAAAUAACCUUUUAUGUUUAAUAAAGUGAUUUUAUUUCCCACUACUGCUCCUCACCAGAAAUCCAUCUUGAGCCCCUAAUAAUAAAUAUAGUACUUUCAAGGAAUCACAGCAGAGUAUUUUUUUUUCACAAAUGAGGCAUUUCUAAAUGGAGUUAUUCCAAUAUUCUGGGACCCCAAACUAAAUGCAUUGUUGGAGUGCUAAUUGACAAAAAGAGGACAAGCAAAACUAGAUGCCCUGUUAGUCCAUAAUAUAUCGCUCACCUCUUUAUCUACAAUUUGCUUUCAAGACAAAUGUUUUCCUUUUAAGUGUUGCACCUUUGCCAAAGUUAACUCCUGACAUUGUUCAUUCUAGUUCCUGUUCUGACCUUCUGCUUUGUUCAAUAUUAUCUGUAAAAUAUUUGGAGUCUUUUCUGUGCUCAGAUACUACUGUUUGCCAAUUUUCAGUAGGUCCGUCACUACUCAUUGUGUGGCAGAGACAAGAAAGGGUCAUUGGGUGUACUUCCAGCAGUGGUUUGGUUUACUACACUUUGAUAGCAGGAGAGAGAUACAAAGGAAGUAAAGCUUACAGUCCACUUUGUUUCAAAACAUGCAUUACAGUAUCUUAACAUGAAAAGUUAUGGUAAAAAGCUGUGAGAAUAUUUGUAAUAUUCUACAAAUACUGUAAACCACGCUAGAGGAUUAUCUUUACAAAAUCUUAUCAAAUUAAAACAAAAACCAACAAGUUGCAGCAUUUUGUAACAAUUUGUAAUGGCUAGAUUAGAGUAAUGCCUGGUGAUAAGAAAACUACUUUAAAAAUGUGAUCCUAGAGAAAUAGUACACAACAAAAAAGGCAUAUGCAAAAAUUACUUGAAACAAGUUGUUUUGCUUUAGCAAAAAGUCCAGCAAUGGAUUAUGCAAAAUUUACUUGACAGUAUUUCUUAAAAUAAGUUAAAUAAUCUUAAGUACACAUUUCUUGAUAAGCCAAUAAAUAUUACAAUAUGGAAAACAAGAUUUAAUGGCUUGAUAUAACUUUUCACUUGCUUAGAUUUCAUUUUUUGCUGUGAUAGUAGAGCAGCGGGAAACUGAGGUCGCUGUUUGGGAGUAUUUGGUAAGACUUCGUUCAGCUUUGUUGUUGCAAAUGUGAACACCAUGAAAUACACAGCUAAAGUAUAAACAAUUACAAAUAACUUUGUUGACCUUAAUAAUAAAGCCACAAAAAGCAAUUACUACAAAAUAUAACAAAAUAUUUUGAUGCUUCAGCUAAGCUAAUUGUCUAGCUGGUUAAGCAGUGUGUUACAGCACAUAAUUUUCCAUGUUGUUCUAUGGCAAUGGUGAACUUAAUAAUUUAUGGUACACUAGCAGUAACACUGAGGGAGGACUACAUAUUAAGAAUUAGAUAAAAUAAUCCUUAGUGAGUAUAGGUAGUAUGCAGGACAUAACAGGCUAUAGAAUAACCAUCUUCAAUUAUACAGUAUAUUCUGAGCAGCAACAUGUACUGUGAUAACUAAAAACAUACACUUGGUAACGUUUAAAUGAACACUUGUGUUGUUUCAGCUUUUGCACCCAAAGUUAAAGUUGAACAAAUUAACCAUAUAGCAACAAGGCUUUAUUCUUCUGCUAUGGGGAAAAUAAUAAUGUAAAUUUAAAUUUCUCAUAAUUUUUCCUAGGUAUAAUUCAUUAAAAUGAAAAUAAAGCAAACAAAUUAAGCACCACGAAAUUAGCAUUAUUAUAACAUUCCAUGCCUGCCUGUGUUUGUGAUCUUUGAAUACCACAUAGCGGCAAACUGCAAAUAAACUCUCAGGACCUUGUGAAGAUUUAGAAUAUUUUUCUGAAAGCAUCAGAGAUUCUGUGUUUCUUUCUUGCCAUGCUAAUUCAGAUCAGUCUUUUAUACGAGACCCUUGCACUGAAUGAAGCAAAUGUGUUUUCAGUUAUUUGCUCAAGAUGUUUACAGAUCUACUGGUUAAAUGAGAACAUUUAGUGUGGGUGGACGAGAGGCACUGGGAAACCAAUCUUUUAGUAUUAGGGCAGGAUAUCUCUGUGUUAAAUUGUGCAGUAUAAUGACUUUCAUUUGAGAUUUACUGCUUAUGUAAAUACAACCAAAAAUAAAUAUCCUCAAGUGACAGUUAAGAGCUUUUCAAUAUACUGUUAAUGUUGUGUCUUUUAUAUGGAAUUACAGGUUCAUAACUAUAGAAGUAUAUGGGUAGCCUUUUAAAAACACCACAGAAGUGUAUUUAUUAUAAAAUAUAUAAAAUUCCAACUUUUGCUAAGCAUGUUUGAGUAUAAAAUUCUUAAAAUAAUUAUUGGUUAAGGUUUCUAAAAUAAUGAGUGUAGAAAAACUGCUUCAAUAAAGAUUUCCAUAGUGGGGUGGGGACACCACUGACUGUAAACCAGUUUACCUUCCUAAGAGCUGGUUUGCUUAACACUAUACUUGUAAAUACAGUAUUUAACACUUUGUCUAAGUGUGUUUCUAGGUAAAUGUUUCAUGCUGUACUUGAUGUUUAUUGCCAGAGCGGAGACCACCAAAGGGGUGGGGGAUGUAAGGGAAGGGUGUUGAAGCACUUUCAACAUCCGUCUCAAAGAUGACAGCAAUACUUUACCUCACUUAAUUAUUUGAUGCCAGCUGUUUAGUGAAUGUUCAGCUGAAUCUUUUGUAGCAGGGAACAUUUCAUAUGUGGUUUAUUAAUUAAGUCAUAUAACUAAUCUGAUUCCACAACAGGGAAGCUGGAAGUAAGUGCUUGUCAGCAAUGUGAAUGUGUUUUUUAGGGGACAUCAACUGCUUUAAUUUCUUCAGCUUCUGCAUAUUACACUUCCUUUGGAUAGGGUUCUGGACAUUUUGUUCUUCUUUGAUUAUUAAUGCUGUACAACUAACGUCUAAUAUAGGGGAAAAUAUAACUAGUUACUGUAGCAAACAGCCAUGCUUUUAGAGUUUAAAUGUCCAGCUUAUACUCCAGUACCAUUCAGACACAUUUACUUAUAGCAGGAUUUAAAAUGUGUUGUUUCUGAGGCCUGCCUCUGCAGUGCUUUGUUUGUCAUAAAUCUUAAUGUUUAGGAGAAACACCAUCUUUGAUGCCUGUUAACCAAAGAAAAAAAAAGCAUGCAUCUUUCAUUUGGAAUCACCAAGACACAAAUACUUGCUGCCGAUAAGACACAGACAUCAUUAACAAAGCAAACAUUAACA